AUGAAGGUAUACCCCCGGACACGGGAACGGGAGAGGGCAUGGAAAUUAGCUCUAGGCUCUGCUGCGGUGUCUUUAGUGUCAGCACCGAUCUUGAUGCUAAUAUUCAGACAUCCUUGGCCACAGAGAUGGUUUACGGAGACCACCGUCCCCACUGUCAUCGACUCCUAUUAUCUCCUUACAUUAGGUUCCUACCGGGCAUUUUACAUUCUAAAUUGGCUGUAUAGGGGAUUUGCUUCUCAUCACUGGGACCCCAUUUCGGAUAUUUUUGGCAUCGUCCAGACCGCGUUCUACAUUGACUUCGCUUGGGUCUACUAUACGCGACAGCGCGUAAAACUCCGCAAUGGUGGCGUUGUAGACUCCGAGGAUUUCCGGAACAGCUGGCUGGUCAACAAAGUGUUGAGUUUCAGGCAGCGACGGAGCGUCGAUGAAGAACAGCACCUCCAUGAUGAAGGAGCAGAAGCCGAACAUGGGGCUGAUGGUGAACGGCCGAGAAACAACCGCUGGGGCGCUCGAGGGAUUUCUAUCUCAGCAGAUGACACAUUAAACGAGACUCGCAACCCCAAACCCAGCAGCGCAGGUGACGACCGGCUGGAGGGAUUCCUGGAGGACGAAGAGGACACUUGGGAAGAGCACGCAAACCAGCAAACACAGCACAAGCAUUCUCCUGAUGCGACAGGCAAUCAAAAGUGA